GCUUUUGGUUUCCAAUGUCUUUACGCAUAAAUACAAAUUGAUAACACUUUUCGGCUGUCGUUUAUAGUUUUUUGUACCAGUCGCCUUCGCCUAUUCAAAUCGCAUCGUAACCCGCGUCUGGUCUGGUUCCGGGCUAACGAACAAUAUAGAAAUUCACUAAUAGACACACAGCCAAAAUGGGCGAUAAUAAUCCACCAGAAGUGAACACCGAGCCGACCGAGGAGAACACAGGCGAAAAUAUCGACAAGAAAUCGUUGGACGAAAUGAACGAACACAUUCAAGUUGUACUACAACAAAUGAAAGAUAAAUUCCAAAGUAUGUCCGAUCAAAUUUUAUCAAAAAUAGAUGAUAUGGGAUCUCGUAUUGAAGAUUUGGAGAAGAAUAUUUCCGACUUGAUGAACAACGCUGGCCUCGAAACGCCAGACAAAUGAUGUUUACAAUACUAUCAUGUAACACGGUAUGAAUAGUUACACAAGUCUAUUCGGAUAUAUAUCGUCAAUCAUUAUUUUGUACCUAAGACAUAGUUAUUUAUUCAAAAAAACCAAGUCAACUUAUGUAAUUAUUGAUUUGUAAUUGAUAACAGUUUGGUUUCGUCUUCCUUCGUUUUUUUCAUCACAUCAAGACGUAUAAAUAAUUUUCGGUUCAGCCACGAUUCUUUUUCCUACGAGUGUUCUAAAACUAAAACUUAACAUUAAAAGUCUUCGGCAAAUCGAUAUAUAUAUAUAUAUGUUUAGUUUAUAAAUACCAUUUAACUCUUUUGAUGGCCAACAGUGAUAGUAAAUAUUACGUUUUCUUUUUUUUAUUAUUAUUAUUCCUCCAUUUGAAAUAUUUGUGUACCCAUUAAAUUGUUCAGUUUGUUUAAACUACUCAAAUGUAUUGUUUUAUAUCAAUUAAUAAAAAUAAAAAAUAAAGUAUUGUAAAACGUGAACA